AUGGGUGUUGGGUUUUUUAUUGUUAAUUGUUUCAAUAGGAAGGAAUUGAAGGAAUUGAAGGAAUUGAAAAAGGGUAAGAAGAAGUUACAGUUCGGAGUGUCGGAGGUAGACGAAGGUGAACCAGAAAUGGUUGGAAUUGGAAUUGAUGGGAUUUGUCAGCUUCUCUCGUCAGACAUGACUCAUGACAGUCACCAGUGGCGUGCUGCUGCCUCGUAG